AUGGCGAAUGCAACCAGGGAUUUACCAUCUGAAUCAUUCUUUUUCUGCGCCAAUGACCUGAAAGGAGUACCACAUUAUAUUUUGUUAUCCCUGAAUCUUCUCAUAGCCGUCACAUCUUUUUCAGGAAACCUCUUCAUAAUCGUUGUUCUUCAAAGGGUAACCUCUAUUCAUCCGCCAUCAAAACUUUUAUUCAGUUCUUUAGCUUUCACCGAUCUCUUUGUUGGUGUGAUAGUACAACCUUUGUCGAUUGUUUAUUUCUUGUAUCCAGAGGUGUCCAAACUCUGUAGUUAUAUUGGCCACAUCUACUCAGGAGUAGGCCUCAUGCUCUGCGGAGUAUCUAUGUUCACAGCCACGGCAAUAAGCGUGGACAGAUGUUUUGCACUGAUGCUUGGGGUAAGAUACAGGCAUUAUGUAACAAAAAAGCGGAUCCAGACCUUUAUGGUUGCUUCUUGGCUUGCUAACAUUGGUAAUGCAGUCUCAAUGCUGUACAAUGAUGCCUUUGCAUAUACCACCGUUGGAGCUGGGUUGCUGUGUUUGACAACGUCAGUGUUUAGUUACGUAAAAAUCCACCGCGUCCUUCGCAAUCACCAAACUCAAGUACACCAACAACUAUAUUUCCAGCAGCCCAACAGGAGAGAAAUUCCAAUCAAAAUUGCUCGAUACAGAAAGACGGUGUCCAGUGCACUCUGGGUAUCGGCAGUUAUGGUAUCAUGUUAUCUACCAUAUGUUGUCAUUACAUCAAUAGUUUACCUCUCUGACAUAUACUCGCCUAUUCUUCUCUUUGCCACGGAGUUAGCAGCAACUCUUGUUCAGUUGAACUCUUCUCUGAAUCCAUUGUUGUACUGCUGGAAAAUUAGGGAAGUUAGAAGAGCAGCGACAAACUUACUCAAACAAUUCCUCUGCUCCUAG